CACCGUUUAAGUCCCAAGUCCUGCGGCUAGUCCGGCAAGUUCCAUACGGCCGAUACGGGACCCACUAAAACUCCCUAAGAGGGUAAGACAUCUUGGCAGCGUAUUUCGCGAAGCGUAUUCCGUACAACAACUUCAAUGCGUUCUUAGCUUAGGCUAAGGAUUGCGCUGUGGGUUUGUUCUUUAAGAUGUCUCGACAACGCAUUUUGAGAUGUAGGAGGAUCGAUUCCAAAGACGCAUUGCUUUCCUUGUAUCACGACUGAACAUGUCCGACACCACAUACCGACCGGCACUCGACGACCCUAACGCAUACGUUCUUUACCGGUACAUUCCCUCAACAGUAGCGGCGAUUGUUUUUGUGGUUGUUUUCGGUCUCACCACCUUGGCCCAUGUUUUCCAACUCAUCAAGAAGAAGACAUGGUACUUCACACCUCUCGUGGUUGGAGGUCUAUUCGAGGUCAUAGGAUUUAUUGGGCGCUACCUCUCGCAUGAUGAUGUUUGGGCACUCGGACCAUUUAUCAUGCAGUCGCUGCUCAUUCUACUUGCUCCGGCACUAUUCGCGGCGUCUAUCUACAUCAUACUAGGUCGAAUCAUCCUGCUGGUGGAUGGAGAGAGAUAUUCGCUGAUGCGACAGAAGUGGCUCACGAAGUUGUUCGUUACAGGAGAUGUGCUCAGCUUUCUGAUGCAAGGCUCAGGCGGCGGUAUCCAAGCGAUGGGUACGCUAGACGCCUUGCAUACCGGCGAGCAAAUCAUCAUCGGCGGUCUUUUCGUCCAAUUGAUCUUCUUCGGCCUUUUCAUCGUCGUGUCGGGGGUUUUCCACUACCGCCUUGUUAGAGAUCUUCCUCUAAAGAAGCGCUAUAGUCCGUUGUCGCUGUUCAAAUCUCGGAGAUCUAGCCCAAGCAUACACACCUCAUCCACCGUAUCCAGGGCCAGUCUAUCUGAGCUACCUUGGAAGCGUCACCUCUACACCCUAUACCUCGCAAGCGCUCUCAUUAUGGUGCGAAGUAUCUUCCGCGUCGUAGAAUACAUCCAAGGGAACGCAGGAUAUCUACUCAGCCAUGAGGUAUACCUCUAUAUCUUUGAUGCCACACUCAUGUUCUUUGUCAUGCUGGCAUUCAACUGGACCCAUCCAAGUCAAAUUACAGACGCGUACCAGAAGAGACUACGAAGCGGCUCGCCCAUUGAGCUCCAACGUUCCCACGAUACAGCGACAGGCGCGGAUGAGGAACAUAUGCUAGAGAGUCGGGAGGCGAAGAAUAGUGUACGCACUGGUGGCUGGGUUCCUUCCCGAGGCUAAGAAGAAUUGUCAGCGACACCACCGAUUCUUCAUCAUGAAGGUGGAUUCAUUAAUCAACCAGAUAUAGCCAGGAAGAAUGCUAAGCAAGGGAUUAUCUUUUUAGAACAAGACUUAGUAGUAUAGAUCCAUGUCAACGAGUUGUACAUAUAUCGUUAUUACCAUGUAAGAAUUGCCCCAUCGUAAUACAGCCAUUAAACUAGAGACACUGCUCAGGCAGACAACAUCAUAUCAAAUACAGCCAUUGUAGGCGCAGCGAUCACAAGAUCUUGAUUCUAGCAGGGAUAGAACAUUCAACGCCACCAGGGCAAGACCAUGUUGUUUAUGGAAUUAUGUGAAGGAGAACCCUCAUGAUGAUGAUUCAUAGGGCCUGCUCCCUCCCUGUGUCUGUAGUCUAGUCGUU